AUGAAUUCCGAUGAUGAGAUUGAUACGAGAAGUGAAACACCUCCACUGCACGCAGAAUCUUCUGGGCUGGUAAUAGAUGAAAACCUUAGACUGUACGACGAUGAGAAACAGAGUGACAUUGUGUUCGUGGCCGGAAUUAACGGUGACACUUGGCGUUACCCAGGCCACAGGCGUGUGCUCGCUGCAACAAGCCCAGUUUUCGCCGCUCUCCUUUCUGCUAAGACAGACGUAAUCGUUGUGGAUUAUAUCGACCGUAGGGGCUUUGAACAACUCCUACGAUACCAUUACUGCGAACCAACUCAGCUUAACUCUGUUACGACAGCCCGUUGCGCUUUAGAUGCUGCCUACAAGUUCUUAUGCCCACCGCUCGCAGAGCGCUGUGCUCGUCGACUGGACGAAAUGUUAGACGCCGGCGCAGCGCUCGAAAUACUACGUGAUCUGCGCUUCUUGUGUGCGAGAUUACCAGGGGCUGCCUCCGCACCGCCCCUUCCAGCUCUGACGAAUGAUGCUGCAGCGCGAUCCUUAGCCCAGUGCUCUUGUUGGUGUGACUCCCUCGCCCAUAAUGCUCUUCUAGUUCUUGACGAAAACGCCGAUGCGGCUUUAACCGACGAGCGCCUUGAAGAGCUUACCUACGAAGAUCUGGCACUGAUUGUCAAACGCGAUACUCUUCGGGUGUCAAGUGAGCUCGUACUUGCAGAGGCUUUGUCACGAUGGAGCACAGCCGCUUGCAAACGCACGAAACGUGAGUUAACACCAAGUAAUAAACGCGCGGCACUGGGGGAAUUGGCUUACUGUCCACGAUACCUGUUGCUGUCGGGCGAAGAGCUGGACCGCGCUUUAGCACUUGAAUUAUUGGAGCCAAUGGAAAGAGCUUUAGUUACAGCGCGAGCUCGGAAAUUAUCAGCUCCUGUGCCAGUAGGCGCCGAACAAGAGGCGUUGCUUCGCCGUUGGGCUCGGCCGCGACCCACAGAGCCUGCCGCGUUACCAGUGCAUCUCAGUCCACGUUCUGAACCCGCUGAAGCCCAGCCAAGCAAACUAUGUGGACGUCGUGCAAAACGUCCAAAACGACCCAGCUUCGCACCAGAAGAAAGAAAAGCUCCUAAACGCGGAUGCUGCUCCACAGUAUGCGAUGGGCUUUUGAGAGCAUUUAUUUGUUUGUUUGAUUGA